CAACACCGUCCCUUGCUUCCUCACCUCCCAGCCUUACCACGCUAAAUCGCAACCCGCGACGAUCAACUCUCGGGGAAUUGCUUGCUUGUUUCGACCUACCUCCCAACUACGACAUCUCCCUCACCGGCCAUCACCAGCAACGUCUUGCGCUAGACACGUCAAGCCUGACCCACGCGCGACGGCACACUAGCAGCGCAGUGGAAUUCAUCUCCUUGCUCCAAACGACACUCACUCAAACACGCGACGACGCAAGGCACGAUAUCCCCCACGACCAUGGACACUUCCCUCGACAAGACGACGCUCUCAACAAUGUCCCUCCUCGAAUCGCGUCUACUACGCAUCGAGCACCUCCUAUACGGCCCAACGGCACCCUCUCACUCGUCCCAGACAGAAUCAGCAGUCGAUACCCUAGAAGAUCUCGAGCGCCGCUUCAACCACCUCCUCUCCCGCAUACGCGUAUAUGGUGAAUUGAUGAAGAUCUACAACUCCCAACCAACCCUCUUCCAACCCCCGCCGCCCUCCGAGCCGCCAAUCCACCUCGCCCCAGAAGCAAUCCAAGCCACCGUCCUCGCCUCCGCUGCCGCCUUCCCGGCAACAGCCUCGUCUCUGACCUCCGUCAACGACUGCCCCAUCCCCGAAUCAUCCCAGAGCGCGGCCCUCGCCUCCCUCAUGCCCAGACUGCGCGGUAUCGAAGCGACCCAGAUUGCCCAGGAGGCCGAGAUGGCCGAGCUGCGCGCCCGGAGUGAGGAUGUCCUCCAGGCAUGGUACCGGCAGGGCGUCUUGGGCGUCUCCGACUUCGUCGCCGAUGUCGAAGGCCGGGUGGAGAUGGCUGAGCGCCGGGUGCGGAGAGCCGAACGAGAGAAGGAGGCCGCUGCAGCCCUUUGAUAUCUCCCGUCCGGGGAUGUCACAUCAUGUUAACCCUUAACCAUGGCGUAAAGACUACCAGCAUACACGACGAAUGCCGGUGGGCUUGCACCACAGGGCCCUGCAUAUACUUAGAACGCUGGUUAUACCCCCAGGGCCGCUCAGUACGAACAGUCUACCUAGCCAGAUCCGAGAUCAGGCCAUCUGCCGGUACGCAUGAAACGGAAGAGUCACCUUGGGUGGGAGCUUGCCCGACGGCCAUCACAGCAGCCCCAUCCGGGCUAGCAACAGAAAGCUUCCCAGCAACCACCACCAAUAUCAUCACAUGAGAAUCCGACAAGUCGGUUACAGCACUCUCUCGGCGGAUAGAUUUUUCUCAUCCCAAAAACUCUGGGUCAAAGAUAGGAAGCUUUGUUCAUAAAGGAGUUUCGCAACAGGAUGCUCCUGGCCCGACCUGCAGAAGACGUCGCCCCAAGCCGUGUGCUCGGAUGACCCCGAAAAGCUUGGUCUCGGCCGCCCGAACCGCAACGAAGACACAGAAAGCUGCACUCACGAAUGCAACAUGAUGGGGCCAAAGCCCCGAUUGCAUGGGCUCAAUGGAUGGGUCGGCUCAGGGGAGAGCAGUAUGCAGAAUCACACACAAAGUGCUGGCCUCGCAGUGGCGGGAUCUCCCUUCUCCGCGUUUCAGAAACAGGUUUGUCGGACUUUGUCCCAAGACUGAUCAGUUGUGGCAAGACACACUGAACUCUGGCGAGUUGCUGGGAGGCUGAAAUAAACUCGGGAGUAACUUCAGCAAACGCUCGGGCGAUGACUUGUCGGUUUGCUGGACCUGCUCUCUCCCGAGUCGUGUAGAUAUGAACAGUGGCAAAUUGGCGAUAAUACUAGAAGACUGAAUGUAAAGUUUCCAUAAUCAUGUCACGACACUGAUCUGCCCAUAUCCAACCGACCUAAGCAUAUCGGUGGAGGGGCCGCUCGAGCGCUGAGGUGACACUGGAUGCUAGAAUCGGAAGAAGCCUGAUCUACCAGACCAGAAAAGCUUGGCUUUUCGGGUGCUGUCCAAUGCAGCUCUCAGGGGGCCUUGUCCGUGAACACUGGGCACGGAUGGCGAACUACAGGUGAUGGCACCAAGCGGCUGACAACC